GCGCGCGGGCGGCCGCUGAGCAGGCCAAAGCGAGACUCGCUUGCCGCCGAGAGGAUCCGCUCCGCUCCGCGCCGCGCACGCACCUCCGUGCACUCAGAGCUGGAGCCCCGCCGAAGCCGACGCCGAAGCUGCCGCCGAAUCGGCCGAAAGCUGCACAGCGAAUGGAGGAGCCCCGGGGCGGAGGUGGGCCCCGCGAGCUGCGGCCCGAGAAAUGAGCGCCGAGCUGGGCAAAAUGCUCAAGUGCCUCACCCACCGCACAUAUCGCUCGCUGCAGGAGGACAAUUACACACCUGUUAAUCAUGCAAUAAAAAGUGAAGAGCCAAUCAAAAAGGGCGGCAGCAAGAGCCACUCGGAACCGGCGUCGACACUCGGCAGCCCGCAGCACUCGGGAGGUCUGCACGGGCUAAAGACCGCGAUCGGCCUGCGCCUGCGCGGUCUCCGCGCCGAUCCAAAGCAGCAGAAGCAACCGUCGGACGAGUGCGCGUCGUGCGGCGGCGCGUCCGACUCGUCCAGCUCGGCGGCGGCGCAGCCCGUGUCGGCACCGCGCUACUCGCGGCUGCCGACCGCCGCGGUGGCGACCAAGUCGCGCGUUGCCAGCGCGCUGCAGUUGCUGCGCAGACACCGAGGCGCCGCCAAGCUCCUGCGCGAGCGCUCCAAGUCGGACAACAGCCUGCAGCGGCUGUCAGUGGUGCACGGCGCCACCAGCCGCUCCGACCACGCCCUCCAGCGGCUGCUCAUACGCAACAGCAGUGAGCAGCACGUCUUCCUGCCCCCGGACAGCCCCCCACAGCCGCCAACCCGCGACAAGAAGCCGGCCAAGAGGUCGCGCUCACUCGAGAGGACCGCCAAUUUCAGAGUCUACCCGAUUAACAGUGGCAGCGCGGUAACGAGCAACGGGUCGCGGUCUCUGGAGCGGAACCACAAGUUCCGGAUCGGCAAGAGCAGCCCGCAGCCGCCGCAGCCUCAGCAGCCGGCGCCGGUGAGCUCGUCGUCAGCGUGCAGCUCGCGGCAUGCGUUUCCGCACUGCGCCUCGUGUCCGCUAGCAGCGCACAACCAGGAGGUGUUCAAGACGUUCUCGGGCAGCACGGUGUUAUUUCUGCAGCGCUCCCUGCCCUCGAUGGCCGCACCGCCGCCCCCGGAGCCGCACAGAGGCGGCCUCGUCAGCCGACCGGACAACGGCUGGCUCCACUCGGAGAGCAAACUGGCCAGGGAAGGCAUCAGCUACUUGGUCAAGUACGUCGGCUGCUUGGAAGUGAAGACGUCAAUGAAGAGUCUGGAUUUCGAAACAAGGUCAAUGAUUGCAAAAGAGUGCAUAAACAGGGUAUGUGAAGCUGCUUGCCUUAAGACUGUAGACAAGAAGAGAAAGGUGGAGAGGAGGGUGUCGCGCGUGUUGGCGGACCACCCCAACAUGAACCACGCUGGGGCCAACGUGACCCUCAGAAUCUCGAGCAAGGGUCUCCAGCUGACAGUGCUCGACACCGGCCAACUCAUAGCCCAGCAUGACAUGCCUAACAUCUCGUUCGCGUCCGGCGGUGACCCCGACACGCUAGACUUCAUGGCCUACGUGGCGAAAGACGCGAACCAGUGGCGGGCGUGCAUGGUGCUUGAGUGCGGCGGCGGAAUGGCGCAGGAUGUCAUCACCACAGUGGGGCAGGCGUUCGAGAUCAGAUUCAAGGAGUACUUGACGAAGACGCCCAAUCCGCCGACGGCCACCAAAAUGCCCAUCGCCAUGCCAACGCAACCGUGCGUGGGGAUGGCGAUGCGGCAGCCAAAGCAGAUGAGCCUGUGGCUGGAGUCGCCGGCCACCUCCGACCUGGAGUACUACAACGACCUGCCGGGCAAAGUGCCUCCGGACGUUGGCCCGCCGCCGGUGCCGCCCCUGCCGCAGUACCAUGCGCCCUCGGUGCCGCCUCCUCUGCAGCAGCAGCAGCCGUCGCACGGUAUUCCUCCUCCUCCGCCGCCGCCGCCUCCGAGCGAAAACGCGCCGCACCCGCCCAGGGGCAGCACCAGCAGCAACCUGAUCGACCUGCACUCGGAGUUGUCGCCCGUGCACAAGAAGAGCUGGGAGCACGACUACGUCAACCACGACGUCGCCGACAAGUUGGAAAACGGCAACGACGUCUUUGACAUGCAACCGUUUUCGACAACCCUGACGGCCGGCGCCACCAGCCUAGCACUGCAAAGGCAGCAGCUCGAGCGUGAACCCUGGUUCCACGGGCCUAUCAGCAGGAAGGAGGCGGAGAGCAUUCUUAAAAAUGAUGGGGAUUUUUUGGUGAGGGAAUCGCAAGGCUCGCCUGGCCAAUAUGUACUGACUGGACUUCAAGGUGGCGUCAAGAAACACUUACUACUAGUUGACCCAGAAGGGGUGGUGCGUACAAAGGACAAGAUGUUUGAGAGUGUGAGCCACCUGAUAAACUACCACAGUGAGAAGAACAUGCCCAUCAUAUCAGCGGAGAGUGCGAUCGUAUUGCGACGGCCGGUGCCGCGCGACGGGCCACUCAAGAGCCUCUGAGCGCCGAGACAAUUAAGAGAGCAUUUAAUCGACUUCCUCCUGCCAAGCAUUUUUAUCGAACUAACUUUUUUUCUACUCGGCUAGGAAGACAGUGUCGCCGCCGCCAAGGUUUUCCCCAUCAAGUUUUAGUUCUCUUCAGAUUUUUGUUCUAGUGAACAUUGGCCAAACUUUGGUUGCAUUUGCCACGUACAAAUAAAAAUAAUAUUUUUCGUCAAGUACUUGUAUGUUGGAAUGGCGCCCUCUCGAGGAAAAGGAAUUUUGCUAGCAAUUAAUGAGAACAAAAGUGUCACAAAUAAUGUUUCAUGUGUCCCUCAAAUAUGUGAUCCAGAAAUAGGUACGAAUAAAUAAUUAAAUUUAUAUAAUUACACUACUGUUAUUAACCAAUAUCUGACGGAAUGUCUCGGGUCGCAGGACAAAAUUAGUAAUAUGCAAAAUUACACCAGAAAUAGGGAGAAAUCCAAUGCACGACCUAUUAAUCAAAUUCACACCACAUGCAGAUUAAAUACUAAGGUCCCAAAGUUUUCUUAAACGCUGAAAUAUGAUUUUUUUAAUUUUUACUAGAAAAAAAACUGACUUUGCUGGCAUUGAAAGCGACAUGUCCUCAUGCCGAUUUUGUUCUGCGACCCGCGACGUUCGGUCAUCUCUAACACUGCUGACAAAUUCUGAGUAUUAAAUUAAAUCACUGAUUGCUUGCGACUAAGAGUAAAGUACCAAUAAUCAAUUUCAUACUUUUCCUGAGUCGGUUUGCGACUGUGAACCACGCCGCUGUGACUUGCGCGUGAAAACAAACAGAGAAAUGAAUUAGACUCGCGUUACUAAAUGGAUUUUACUCUGGAUCGACCACAGCUGUGUGUCCGUCGUCUAUUUGACUACCUUUGUAAGUGUGCAAGUUUACUGAUAAAAAGUGUCAUAUUUUUAAUACCCACAAUCGAGGUCAUAUCAAACUCUUUAAAAAUGAAAAACUAUCAUUAAUAAGCAUAUAAUAUUUAAAAGUACAUAUACAGAUAUAUAUAUAUAUAUAUAUAUAUAUAUAUAUAUAUAUAUAUAUAUAUAUAUAUAUAUAGAUAAGAUUAUCACACAAACACACGUUAUAUACCUAUUCUCUCACGCGCGAAUACCACAUGUAGGACUCUUAUACUUGCGAAACUUCUAUUUUUGCUUCUACCGCAGACAAGAUGUUAACAAACAAAUUCUCCUCUUCUUUCAAAGAGCUAAAUAGAGUUUAUAAAUUAUCCGUCUUAGCAAUGCUUUCCAGCAGAGCACUUUACAUACGCAGCGAGGCAGUCUUUUUACUCUGCUAUUAUUUCAAAGGCCAUUGUUUUUUAAUAAACAAACUUGUCUCCCUAC